AUGGCUGCGACUAGAUCCUGUCCUGUUGUGUUCAUCUGCAGGAACAACGGAUACGCAAUUUCCACGCCGACCCUGGAACAGUACCGAGGCGAUGGCAUCGCCAGCCGGGGAAUAGGUUACGGAAUUGAAACCAUCCGGGUGGACGGUAAUGAUAUCUGGGCCGUCCGGGAGGCUACGAAGCGUGCACGUGAGCUAGCCUUGGAGGAUGGUGGCAAGCCCGUUCUCAUCGAGGCAUUGACGUACCGUGUAAGUCACCAUAGUACUUCGGAUGACUCUUUUGCCUACAGGGCUCGAGUCGAAGUCGAGGACUGGAAGAGGAGAGACAACCCCAUUAUUCGACUACGAAAGUGGAUGGAGUCACAGAAUAUCUGGAGCGAUGAGAAGGAGAAGGAAGCGAGGGAACGGCUACGGAGAGAGGUUCUGCAAGCUUUCAAGGAGGCAGAGCGUGAGAAGAAGCCUCCCGUUAGGGCCAUGUUCGAGGAUGUUUAUGAAGAGCUCACGCCGGACUUGAAGAAGCAGAUGGCAGAAUUGCGGUCAAUCUUGGAUAGAUACCCGGAUGAGUACGACCUCAAUGAUUACGAAGGCGGGAAGAACUCUCUAGAAUAG